AUGGCUCAUCGGAAGUGUCUGUCCAUGGCGAUACCAUUUGCGCUCAAGUUUACGGCCAACGCGCUAUUGGUGCCAUCGCUAGGGGUCGUCCUGCCUGCGAUGGCUCAUCGGAUGUGUAUGUCCAUGGCGAUACCAUUUGCGCUCAAGUUUACGGCCAACGCGCUAUUGGUGCCAUCGCUAGGGGCGAGAAUCGGGACCGAGGCCUUCUACGCGGUUACAGGCUGCAUGCGAUGGCUCAUCGGAUGUGUCCUGUCUAUGGCGAUACCGUUUGCGACGCAAUCUACCGCCAACGAGACAUUGGUGCCAUCGCUAGGGGUCGUGUAG